UUCAAAUUCUGUUGAUACUUGUACUCGAGUGUUUUAUGACACUAUACUUCUGCUUCACCAGGAUUCAGGAGCCAGUAGUUUACUUUUUUGCUCCAUUUUACAUCUUAAGUCACUUUUCUGAUUCAAAAUAUAAUCGACAGUUUUCAUUGGAAGAAUAAAAAAGUCCCACAGGUUCAUUUGGUCUGAUACCUUCUCAGAUUCAGGUCAAUCAGGACAAAUAUAACCAACAAAUACAUAAAACACUGAGAUGAGAUCUGACGAUUAGUAAAUUAUCACGUUUUAAGCAUCAGUUUAAGAAAUGACUACUUCUUUUGUCCGACGUUUUAUUUUGUUAACACCGGAAGCAGCCGGGUUGAUUCCGGCUAGCUUAACACUGGUGUGGAAAAGAUGGCUGCUUCGGCGGCAACGGCGAGUUCUUCCCCGGGUUUGUGUCCGAAUUACGCCGUAAUCUGCUCCUUCCUCGACCGGUACGGAGCCUUGCUGGACCUGCCGGAGCUCACCUUCCCGCAGCUGGAGCGAUGUCUGCAGGACACCGCCGCAGUCCCGAAGCUGCUGGUGGAUCUUCACGUGAAGCUGCUGAGGAAGAUCGGCAAGUCGGUGUCAGCAGACCGAUGGGAGAAAUAUCUAGUCAAGGUUUGUCAAGAGUUCAACUCAACAUGGGCGUGGGAACUGGAGGAGAAAGGAUACAAGGAGAUGUCGUUGGAGAGCAAGACGGGAAUACUUAAAUAUUUGUGUGAGUGUCAGUUUGAUGAAAAUGUCAAGUUCAAAACCGCCAUCAACGAGGAGGACCCAGAUAAAAUGCGGCUGCAGCCGAUCGGCCGAGACAAAGACGGUCAGAUGUACUGGUUUCAGCUGGACCAAGACGACAACGUGCGUGUUUAUAUUGAGGAGCAGGACGACUUGGACGGGUCCUCGUGGAAGUGCAUCGUCAGAGAAAGAAAUGACUUGGCCGAGGUUGUGGCUCUGCUGAAGACGCAGAUCGACCCCGAGCUGUUGAAAAGGGACGCGUUAAAAAAGGAAAACCAACCAGACGGUGACAAAGACGGUGAAGUUAAAAAGACUGACAGUAGUUCAGAUGAAGACAACAAAGACUCCAACAAAGCUGCACGCCCGGCCUCACCAAAGACGGAGAACAAUGAGAAAGAAACACAGAAAGAAAACUUGAAGUCAGAAGCUUCUGAGGUCAAAUCUCUCAACGGCACCAUCGAAAGCAAAGGUGAAGCAGAACUUCUUUCAGAAAACAUUGGUACAAAAGCCCAGAGCAUCAAAGAAGAGCCGAUGGAGGUGACGGACGCUAAAACAGCGCCGAGUGAACCGGCCUCUGUAACGUCAUGUUUAUCAGUGAAGGCAGAAAAGGGCGAGGAGGUGAAGAGGAACGGCGCAGAGGAGAUUCAACUGAAGAACGACCAGCAGGCCAAAAUCCCCCUGAAGAAGAGAGGAAUGAAGUUCUGUGAAGACUUUGAUAAAAACAGCUGCAACACGGUGCAAACGCCGUCUGUGCACCAGGUGCGAGACGCUCCUAAAGGCGACGCUGCUGCUGAACAGACAACGAAAACACAGAGUGUAAACGAGCACGUUAACGGUGAAAUCAAACCAGAGUCAGAGAAGGAUCUCCAGAGUCUGAGCGAGGCUCUAAAAGAUGUCGCAGCCGACAAAGAACAGAUGACGGAACCUUCCGUGGGUAAAUCGGUAAAAGCGAGAGAAAACGACUCCACGUCCACAGAGAAGGAGGAGAAAGAUAAAAACGAUGAAGCUGGCAGUGCAAAGGUUACGGAGGAGGUCGUAUUGCACCAAGAAAACUCGGAUAAGAAAAAUCUGGAAAAGGAAAGUGACGCCUUAACGGAAAAGAAAGAAGUGCACGAGUCUCCUCCUCCUCCUCUUCCUCCUCCACCUCCACCAAAUGAAUCACCACCUUUACCUAAAGAUGUAAAUAAUGCAGCGGAGGAGUCGUCUAAUCACAAAGAGUGUGAGAAAACGAAAGAGAGCACAGCCGAUGCAGAAGAGUCUUCUGCUCCAGACGAGACGGCGUCAUUAAAGGAAACUGAUAAAACAUUAACAACCGAUGAGUCAGAGAAACUAAAUCUAAAUCAUGAAGCCGCGUCCAAAGACCCAGAAUCAAAAGAUUCAAAGGAGAAACCAUCCUGUGCAGAAGCAUCAGAGUCGAGUCCGACUGACGAAACAGAGACAUCAAACAGAACAGAAAACGUGAAGCCGACAGUGAGCGAUAAAGAUGCUGAAGAAUCCACAACAUCCGAGACCAACACAGAGAAAUCCGACAAAGAGACGUCAGGAGUCAUCAAAACAACAGAGACGCAGUCGACCGACAAAGAUCCUCCAAAGAAACCUGACGAUUCUGAAACCACAGCGUCCAUCAUUAAAAAGACAGAAACGGUAAAAGACGGUGACGACGCAGAAGCUCAAGAAGUCACACAAACUUCUACUGUCAUUAAAACGGUAGACAAGGAAACAUCAGAGGAAACACCCGACGUCAAGGAGAGCGCAGAGUCCUCCGUUAUCAAAACGGUUGAGAAAUCAGAAUCAUGCAAACCGGCCGAGAAGCAGCCGAGUGCAACAGACGCUGAGACGACUCCAGAGGAAACCAGCGCAGCCUCGGAAAAGCUCGACGAGACAGAGAAGCUGCAGGACACAAAGAAAACUGUCAACUGUGAAGACAAUACGAUCCAUGAUGUUACCAAGAUAAGCGACUCCACGUCAGAGCCCAUGGAGGUCGAGGCAGCGGCCGUUAAACGGGAUCUGACAAGUCCACAAGAGGAUGACGAGACUAAGACGAACUCUGUUGAACAUAAAACAAAAGAGGGAACGUCUGAAGGAAAAGAUAAACCGUCCAGUCCUGUCGAGACGACGGACGUCUCCGGAGAAACGGAUGAAAAGCUCAACAAAGACGAAAAAGAGUCUGAAGAACCGUCGAAACCAAUGGAGACAGAGCAGCCGUCACCGGAAACUAAAUCUGGUUCUGACAAGGGUGGUGGAAAAGACACAGACGGUGAAAAGAUCACAAACGACACUGAGAAAAACCUCAGUCAAGACAAAGACAGUAAAGAGGAUUCUACGAUAGACGAACCUUCAAAACUCGAUCAAGUAAAGGAGAAGAAACAGGCGCAUAAAGAAAAGGAAAAAUCAGCCAAACUGGAGAAAUCUGAAAGCAAAGAAGCUGAAGCCGAAUCCUCGACUGGAUCUGAAAAGCCGGCUCAUCCAAGAAAAGAACCGUCAACCGAUAAACCCACAGACGAGGAAAGUAAAAGCAAAAGUGAAGAGGAGGAUUCAAACACAAAGAAGGAGGUGGCGAACGGCAGUGAGGCUCCAGCUGACGUCCGGGAGGCAGCUGUUCGCCGAAAACGCAAGCGUCCGGCCCAUCGAAGGAAAGCUGAACUGAAGAGAGAGGAGACGCAAGGGGACUCGGAGUCCGACACCAACACGGGGAGAUCUCUCCGGAGAUCGCCGAGGAUCUCCAGACCGACGGCGAAGGCGGUGGAGAGCCACGACAGGAAGAUCGAGAAAUCGCAGGCUGCUCAGCCAGCAGAGAAAGAAGAGGACGACACGGCGGAGAAAGAGAAAGACCAGGAUGAGGAAGAGGAAGAGGUGGUGAAGGUCGUCCAGAAGAAACCGAGAGAGAAGAAGGUCGAUCAGGAGGGUCAGCCCAAACCAAAGGGGAGAAAGAGACGGAAGGUUCGGUGGUCGAACACUCGAACGCGCCGCAAAAAGAAAAGCUCCGAAGACGAGGACGAAAACAGCGGCGAGGAAUCCAGCGAGGACGACAGUGAGGAGGAGGACGACAGCGACGAAGACUACAAGGUGGAGCGGAGCAAAAGGAGGCGGAACCGAAACCGAGAAAGACGGAGCUCGGACUCCUCGACGUCCUCGGACGACGACCUGCCUCCGAACGACGACCCCUGCAAACACUGUGGUCUUCCAAAUCACCCGGAGCUGAUCUUGUUGUGUGAUUCGUGCGACAGCGGCUACCACACCGCGUGUCUCAGGCCUCCCCUCAUGAUCAUCCCCGACGGAGAAUGGUUCUGUCCACCCUGUCAACAUAAGCUGCUCUGUGAGAAACUGGAAGAACAGCUUCAAAACCUGGACGCUUCCUUGAAGAAGAAGGAACGAGCUGAGAGACGGAAGGAGCGUCUUAUUUAUGUUGGAAUCAGUGUCGAAAACAUCAUCUCACCCUCAGUGGAGGUGGAGGAGGAAAAACCAGAGAUCGUAAUCAAAGAGAAGAAAGAAGUGAAGAGGAGUAAGAGCUGGGGACGAAGGUCAACGAGGACAAAGAAAAAUAUCAGCUACAGAUUUGAUGAAUUUGACGAGGCGAUCGAGGAGGCGAUCGAGGAAGACAUCAAAGAGGCCGAGGGUGGAGGUGUUGAUGACGGGUGUCGGUUGUCUGCAGGAGCCGGUCGGGGUAAAGACAUGGCCAACAUCACAGGAGGCCACAGAGGGAAGGAUAUGUCCGUCAUCCUUCAAGCGGAUGAGGAGAAUAAGGAGAACGGCCGCCCGCCACGAAUCAGCUCCGCUCAGCGCAAGAAAAAACGCCGGCGACUCAAUGACCUGGACAGUGACAGCACCGUGGACGAGGAGGAGAGCGAGGAAGAGUUUCGCCUCAGUGAAAGCUCAGAAGAAGAAUUCGUCGUCUCGGAGAACGAGUCGGAGGCAGAGCUGGAGGCGGACUCCAACAACAGCGACUUUGGCAGCAACGGCAGCGGGAGGCGUCACACUUCUUCGCGGAGCAGGAAGCCACUGAAACGACGACGGAGCUCCCGAAAGCGGCGGAGACCGAGAGGGUACUCAGACGAUGAAGAGGAAGAGACGGAUGAGGACGAGGAAGAUGAAAUGGCGACUGAAGGCUCCAGUGAGUUCAGCGACAGUGAUCUUGAUAUGAGUCGACGGCGGUCUCGGCGGAGUCAGAAGAAGCAGGUGAACUACUGUGAGACGUCGGAGUCCGAGGGCUCUCAGGCCGGACCCAAGCGGGCGAAAAUAAAACCCAGACAUCGCCAGGACAGUUCGGAGAGUGAAGCGAGUUUCUCCAGAGACUCUGAAGAGGAACCGAGGGAUCGGAGGGUGAAGAGAAGAGCCGACUCCUCGGAGGAAGACUCGCGGCAGCGUCGCCGACGUCUUGCACUAAAGCGCAGGAGAGCAUCUGAAGACGACUCGUCGGACGACUCAUCGGACGACUCGUCGGAGGAGGAUCGCCCCGUCCGCAAACGGGUGAACCGCAUCGAUUCGGACGAUGACGAUGAGGAAGAGGAGAAACCAAAGGAGAAUAAAACAGAGGAGGAAUCAAAGGGAACAAAUCCAUCGGACUGCAACGCGGUGGAGUUGCCACCCACCAACGGACAGAGCCCGGCAAAGAACGCCGAGGGCGUCGUCAGCCAACCCGCUGCUCCUGCUCCAGGGCCCCUCCCCCAACUGGAGCCACCCAAAAACAUCAGCGCAGCGCCGGCAACUGCCAUCGCACCAAACGGCCUGGUUGGCCAGGAGAUGGCGGCGCAGGAGGAUGACGAAGAUGACCUGUUAGGAGUCACAGACCUAGUGGACUACGUCUGCAAUAACGAACAAUUGUAAAAAAAAACAAAAAAUGGUGUACUGUUUCAUUUUUUUGUGGUAUUGUAUUUUUAUAUUGCUUAACUUUAUUAUUCCCCCCCCACCAACACGUCCUCGUCCUUUUUACUCGUGUCCCGUGGAGCUUGACUCUCAGAAACCUCCGCCGCAGUAAGAACUGGAUCUUUGUCGCCAGUCUGUCCCUGUGGGACUGAACAAUAACGAGUAAGGGCAGCGACUCAAGUCUCAUUCAUGUGGUAACAAUCAUCUUACCUGCAGACCCCCCCCCCCUCCCACCAACCACUUCGUCCAGCUCCACUGCCAAACCACUUCCUGUAAGAAUGUGUCACUCGUCAUUUCUCCCGUCACGUCGUCCUAUUUUCUGUUUUUUAUUCCCACGUCCAAGACUUCGAC